CAGAGACCACAAGAGACUACAGUCAGAGCAGCUGACAUGUGUGACAGGUUCAUGUGUGUGUGCGCGCUCACUUUAUCUUCAAGUGUCUCCAGCAAACCAAGUUAAAGGAUCUGGUUGGAUAAAACCUGGAGGAGUCACAUCAAAUUCAGAAUUUGAGACCUGAUGCUUCCCGCUAUCACCAUGGAAACGGAGGCCAGUCACAUGCUGGAGGCGGCACUGGAGCAGAUGGAUGACAUCAUCGCAGGUUCCAAAGCAGCAGCGGUCGAGCUUUCUCACAGCAUGUAUGACCUGGGUUCCCCCGUCAGCGCCGGUCCUCUGCAGGUCGUUCAGUUAGCCGAGGACCUCAAACUCGCCUUGGAGCUCUGGCCCAACCAGGACGACAGAGACGGCCUCAGAGCACAGUUACCUACAGAAACAGCACAGAUUCUCAUAGACUGGCUGCAGAGUGGAACUGUGAACCCGUGUUCUCCAGCCAACAAUGAAACCUACCAAGAACGACUGCUCCGCCUAGAGGGAGACAAGGAGUCUCUGGUGCUACAGGUGAGCGUUCUGACCGACCAGGUUGAGGCCCAGGGAGAGAAGAUCAGAGACCUAGAGAGUUCUCUGGAGGAACACCGGCGGAAACUGGCCUCUACAGAGGAGAUGCUGCAACAGGAGCUGAUGAGCAGGACCUCUCUGGAGACUCAGAAGCUGGACCUGAUGGACGAGGUGUCCUACCUCAAACUGAAGCUGGUCGGCAUGGAGGAGACACACACAAACUCACACCCACAGGACCCCGCGGAAACAAAGCAGAACAAAGCUGAGUGUGUGGUAAAUCUCAUCAGUGAGCUCCAGGAGCAGAUGUGCAGGUUUCAGGAGGAGAUCAGCACUCGUAUCCAGGAGAAACGGGCCCUGGAGGAGAGGGAGGCCCAGCAGGGGGAGCCCAGAGGCAGCCUAACCCAGGGCCACAGCCCUCAGGCUGGGUUAGCCUGCUCAGACAUGAGCCCGUCUGGCUCUGACGUCCAGAUGCACAAUGGAGGACAGACCGUACACGAUUUGCUACAAGAAGUGAGGCAGCUGAAGAGCAAAGUGGAGGAGCUGGAGGGAGAGAAUGGCCAGUAUGAGAGGAAACUCAGAGCCACCAAGGCGGAAAUGUCAGAGCUGCAGCAGCUCCUGGCCUCCAAAGACGCUGAGAUCGAAUGCCUGCAGACCCAGCUGUUGUCCAGAGGCAGCUCAGCCAAUGACAACGCAGAGAGAGAGGAGCUGUAUAUCAAGCAGCUGAUUAACAAAUACCAGGAAUACCAGAGGCUGAAGGUGGGCAUGGAGUCUUUGUUAGCUUCAAAUGAUGAAAAGGACCGGCGUAUAGAGGAGCUGACCAUUCUGCUUGGCCAGUACAGAAAGAUGAGGGAUGUCAUGGCACUCACACAGGGGAGCAGUGAAGAGGAGCUGAGUGGCAGUCUGAGACUCCGAGCCAUCACACACAAAGCUCAGUCUGAUUUCGUCAGGUCAGAGAUAUCAUCAAGAGGGUCUUCUCCACUUCUGCUUUCUUCAUCUCCUUACCAGAGAGAGUUGGACUCCAGUAUCCAGAACUCUGUGGACACAUCGCUGGUGUCCACAAGCUUCCUGAAUGGAUCCUGGCAUCAGCACAGGUUGCUGUCCAGCAGUCUGGAAGAGUUGCAGAGUGGAUCCUUACAAAAGGCUGUAGACAUCCAGCCAGUUGAAACUGAAUCAGACACAAGGACAGAGAACCCCGACAUGGAGCUGAGCAAGUACCAGACUCUGCCGGGGAAACUAAAGAGUAAAAAGAGGGAGGUGAGGGUCGAGCUGAACGGAGAUGAUGAUGAUGAUGCAUUUCCUGUCCACGGCCACGGGCACGACUACCGUCUCAGACAUCCAGAGAAGCUGGAGGAGUGUCUUCUGUCAGACCAGUCCCCCCUGUCCUCUGGAGUGGACUCUGGACAGCAGUCCCCCGUCUCACCAGAGAACAGGAAGAAUCACAGAGACAGAGGCAUUAAAAGACUCUGGGGGAAGAUCCGUCGCAGCCAGUCAGGCAGUCCUGCCCAGGGUCACGACCCCGAGCUGGGGGAGUUCAAGAGGGGAGGCUUCAGAGCUACAGCUGGAGCGAGAUUGUCCCAUUCAGGGAACACACGAGACCUGAAGAUGCCCUUCAGUAAGUGGAGCACAGAGCAGGUGUGCGACUGGCUCGAGGAGAUUGGACUCGGCCAGUACGGCAUUCUCGCUUGCCACUGGAUCACCGGCGGUGAUACUCUACUGUCAGCCACGCUGCAAGACCUGGAGAAGGAGCUGGCGAUGAAGAAUCCGCUCCACAGGAAGAAGCUCCAGCUGGCCAUCAAGGCGUCGAGCAGCAGGCAGCCGGAGAAGUCUGCAGAGCUCGAUUACAUCUGGGUCACCCGUUGGCUCGAUGACAUCGGACUUCCUCAAUACAAAGACCAGUUUAAUGACGGGAGAGUUGAUGGGCAGAUGCUGCAGUACCUCACUGUGAAUGACUUGUUAUUCCUUAAAGUGACCAGCCAGCUGCAUCACCUCAGCAUCAAAUGUGCCAUUCAUGUUCUCCAUGUCAACAAGUUUAACUCCAGCUGCCUCAAACGCAGGCCCAGCAACGAGAACCAGUUCACUCCCAGUGAGGUGGUCCAGUGGUCCAACCACCGAGUCAUGGAGUGGCUGAGAUCUGUGGAUCUGGCAGAGUACGCACCCAACCUGAGGGGCAGCGGCGUGCACGGAGGGCUGCUCAUGCUGGAACCUCGGUUUAGCUCGGACACACUGGCCAUGCUGCUGAACAUCCCUGCUCAGAAAACACUGCUGAGACGCCACCUAACCACCAACUUCAACAGCCUGGUGGGAGCACAAGCUCAUCAGGAGAAGAGGGAGUACACUGAGGCAGCAGGGUACAGCCCGCUCAGCAUCACAGCUAAAGUCAAGCCGAAGAAGUUGGGCUUCUCUACCUUGACUCACCUCAGGAGGAGGCGGCUGGACGAAUCCACGGACUACGUGUGUCCAAUCGAGUCGUCCUCGCCUCAGUCGGGACAGUCUGCGGGGAACGGGGUGCAGGUGCGGCCGUACGCCGGCUUCAGAGGCCUGAGCCCGAUCCUGGACAGAGAGCCCGACCGCUGCAGGGACCAGAUGGCGAUCACGGAGGGUACCAUGUUGCAAAUAGAAGCUCUGUCUGAAAGCAUCAACAACCUCACAUACCUGCUCAGCCAAGACGAGCUGCAGAAGGAGCUGAGGCGGUCUCAGACGGCGCUGGUUUGAAGGACAAUGACCCCGAGACGUGUACAGCAGCAACCAAUCAGACACCUGCACUGUACCUCAAGCCCCGCCUAACACCGCAGUGUGGAGCUGAUACUUCUACUUCUACUUCUACUAUCCGCUGAUAUCUCACGUAACACCAACCGUCACUCUGAAGUCCUGCUGUAGAGGACUGAGGAACACCAGUGGACUAACACAAUGUGGAAAACAAUCAUUGCUUACAAACAUCUUUUUUUUUUUAUUUCUACAAUAAUGAACUGAACUGCUACUCAUUAGGCCUUUGGGGUAUUUUUUUUUUACUGCUUUCCUUGUUUCCCUAUGCAAUGUACCCUCAAAUGAUCAUACUGUACACUGCAUAUACUGUACUGGUAUGUCAAAGGGGGAGAAUGUUUCAUAGCAAUCAUUUGACAUACAGAGUAUAAUAUAUUUUAUGGAAUCUAUGAUGAAAGAGGGAACAAGAAUUUAAGCACAAUGGUCAGCCACUUCAGAUCUCAUAAGAGACCAGAGUAGAGCCAGAUUGAAAACUGAUUCAAUCGAUGGCAAGGAAAGAAACACACACACACACACACACACACACACACACACACAUAAUGGCGGUUGUGUUGAGCUCCUCAACAUGAUCAUGUUGAAAUGACAUAUUGUUACAACUGUUAGAUCUUCUCAGAGGAGGCCGUAUGUGAAAAGGCUGAACAGGACAAACACUUACCCACGUUACUUUGUUGAAAUGAGUUGCAUUAUUUCAGCAAGGAAAGAUUCAGUAGUAACUAGAAUGGCACUUGGAGAGCACAGACGCGAACGCCACUAGUCUUCAUAAGAAGCAGACCCAUGACACGUCAGAGAUUCUCACAAUGUCAUGAGAUAACGUGAGAAUCGCAGGAUCACAUAUCACAUGAAAACCCAUCUUGUCAGGCUUCAAGUAAUGCGUUUGUGUCAGGCAAGCCAAAGCACGGACCACUCAGCGUUCUGUUAGGACCUACUGGCAGCUACAGGCGUGGCUUAGGUAUGUGAGACACGGAGAGGCGGUUGUUCUAAACAACGAUGGAGGCUCCUGAAGAGGUUAGCGUAGAUGCUGCAUUAACAUCAGUUCUAUCAGAACUAGAGAGUAUUUCUCCACUGAAGGAAGAGCAAAGAACAGCACUGAAGGAGAUGUUCUCACUCUUCUCCCGACUGGCUUCAGCAAGAGUUUGACUGAUUGAGUUUGACUGUUCAUUCAGUCACCGGCCAAGUAUUGAAAAUACGUAAAUAAAUUUGAAAUAGAAACAGUUUCCAAUGACGGCUUCUCAGAUGGUUCAGUGUAAAAUAACAUCUGGUGGGUCAGGUUACAUCAGUGACAGGACAGAAAGAGCCUAGACACUGGAGAUAAUGAAAUGACCUGAAGGCAGGUGGGCGAUGUGUCCGGGGACAGUCUACAGGUCAGUUUGAAAGACAGGAUCAGUGAUCUCGUAGUUAAAGAUUAGCAUCCAACAACUAAUCAGUACAUAAAAUGCCAGAAGAAAGUUGGGGAGGAUUUAGCAGCAUCAGAAAGAUGGAAAAUGUUUCGACUUCCAUUCAGGCCAAACUAAUACAUAGAAGGUCAAAAUGAUCCAGUCCAGAAAUACCAGAUAUAUUUAGGAACAGUGUCACCAUUACAUCAUUUGUUCAACUGAACCUAGUACAUAUCAUUGUUACAAUUCUGAAUGAAUAAAGCUGCACUAAUCAAUAUUUUUAUAUCAAAUGUGGAUCAAAUAAAUGUGUGAGACUCCACAGUUCCCCUUAGAGCUUUUUUAGCGUCUUUUAGCUCAUUCUUUUGGUUUCACCUCCCACAACUUUAGCUUGUCAACCUUGUUCCAGCCACAUCAGGCAGCUGUUUUCAUUGAAAAAGUCGAUAAACACACUUUACACUACCUGCUCAGCACCAAACAGCAGAUAGACACAGUUAGAGACUAGCUGGUGAACAUAGCAUAGAGCCAAAGAGACAGAUGAGUUUAUCAGGGUUUGGGGGGUAAAAGGAAUCCUUAUCAAAGAUAGAUUUUUGUGUUAUGUGUUUACGUUAAUAAACUCUCUAACAGGC